UUAAAAAACCGAUCUUUAAGUGGUACGAAGGGGUAUUCAAUUAUGUUUUGAAUGAAUGAUUUAGUUAACUAACAUUAUUUAAAUUAACUGCUAUGUUAUAAUAUAUAACCUGCAUAAAUAAAGGGUCAAAAUAAAAAGUUUUAAAUUUAAAAAAUAUUGUUAAAAAAAUAUAUGUAUUUUUAAAUUUGAUUGGCUUGUUGCGAGAGGCCCCGGAAGAUUGCCCCGUUCGCUACCCCCUAAGGCCGCCGCUGAACAAAUACAUAAAAUCAUUUUCAAUAUUUACCAAGCAGAUUUUUAGCCAAUUGGAGGUGGCAAGUUCUGUUGGUAACUGCAUUGAUUAUUAAAAAAUACAAUAUGAAGAAUUUAUAAUUUUAUAGAAAAAUAUCAAAUUUCCUCUCAAAUUUUAAAAUUCUCAAUAUAAUUUUGAUUAUAACGUAAAAACUCAUCGAAAAAUCUCAUAGUAAAAUUUGAUUUUAACAAAAUACAUUAUUGCAGGUAUACCUAAUAGGAAUGGCUUCAAAGGACUCUUCACUGGCUGUCGACUCUUUCAGAUAUAUUCCACCAAAUAUGGACGAAGAAGAAUGUGUCAUAUACGACGAAAUUACAACUACUUCUACAACAAUUGAUGCGACAAAGACAACAAUUGAUAUAACACAAAAACCAACUGAUACAACACCGACAAAAAUUGAUAUAACACUAACACCGACCAAAGAUUGUAUCAUAUACGAUUUCGAAAAUGAUUUCGAUGAUUUGUUCACUUCUAAUUCAGGAUUAUGCACGAACCAACCUUCAUUUAUUUUGAAAUACUUUGAUACAGCUGGCAUAACCAGUCCUCACCCAAGUAGCACAAGAUUUAUUUCGCCACCAGUAUCUAAUGGUUGCGUGUCUUCAUUUAGUUUUCCUAUUGAAAAUAAUGGCAUCGUAGAAGUGAAUGUCUACAUGGAUGAAAACAGUCAUCAGUCGGACUUUAUAAUAGUUCUUAUUCAAUCAAUUGACGAAAACGGAAUUGAAUCUACCAUAACUAAUUUAAUGUACUCACCGUCGCAAUCGACUUUUGUUGCUGGAUGGACAACUUUAAGACUGGAAUUGUUAAUGUUAGCACCUGCACAAGGAUUGGUAAGAUAUUCAUAUGUUAAACAUGAUUUACUCGUAGAACUCCAUUCACGUUCAUUCGAACUACUUUUUAAAAGAAACUAUUAUUAUAAUGAUGACUUUUAAAACCAACUCCGUAAGUUAUUCGGCGUUUUAUAAACCAACAUAAAUUCGAAACUUUUUAUUUUAGGUUAUUGCUAUUUAAUAGAGAAAUAUACAAAAAAAUAAUGAUUGAUAAUAAAAGUGUGAUACAUCUUAUUUUGUUAGAUGGUCGCCUUUGAAACAUUUUAAUGGGUACAUUCU